AUGUCCGCGUUGCGCAUCGUCUCCUCCUUCACCGCCGCCAGCAGCGAGACGCGAGGUGGAGAGGGGGGAGGGGUGGGGAGAGAGAGAGAGGGUAGCGAGUCCUUGCUCAACGCCACCUCCUGCACGCCCACACAAACGCACACGCACCACACGGGAGAGGGGUGGGGAGUGAGAGAGAGAGAGAGAGAGAGAGAGAGAGAGAGAGAGAGAGAGAGAGAGAGAGAGAGAGAGAGAGAGAGGGUAGCGAGUCCUUGCUCAACGCCACCUCCUGCCCGCCGACACACACACACGACACACACCACAUGGGACGGGAGCACAAGGACGCGAGGUGGAGAGGGGGGAGGGGUGGGGAGAGAGAGACAGUAG